AUAUUAAUUUUUUUUUCAUUCUCUAAUCGUCUACUCCAAGAUGUUUACUCAAUUUAACAGUGAAAUAAAAAUCACCGUGGCGCCCAUAAUAUUUUUUUUUUUAGCGCGAUGGGAGCGUUUUUAAUCGGCCAAUAAUAGUCGAAGAAUAAUAGAUAUUAAGAAAUACACACUGGGUUGCCAUGGAUGAUGAAGAGCGCCUUGAGGGUGAAGAAGAUAUGGAGCUUGAUGAUGCAUCUGAUGGUGUUGGUGGUGGUGAUGAUGAUGAUGAGGAAGCAACAGGCAUUCCUGUAUCACCAGCAAAUUCAGAUCAAUUUUUAGGUGUACCUGUUAAUUCAUCAGGUAAUGUUACCCCGGAUGAUGUAUUUAAUGAUCCUUUACGUUAUCAAAAAUUUCCACUACCAGGUGGUAAACCAUUAAAUAUAAGACGUGGUCCUGGUAGACCAAGAAAAGAAAGACCACCAGGUAUUAGUAGAGGUGGUGGUGGUAUUGGUGUUGUUAGUGGUGUUAAUAGAAGAAGUUUUCGUGGUUCAACAAGAGGUAAAGGAUUAGGUUAUGGACGUGGUGCACCACGUCGUACUAAAAGUAAAGAUGAUGAUACACAUUCAGAAUCACAAAGUCCAUUAAGAAUAAUUGAUGAUACAAGUAUUGAUGGUGGUGAAUCAUCAUCAAUUGAUAGAUCAAUGCCAGCACCAGAAGAACCACCAUAUUUUCCAGAACAAUGGCCAGGAAAAGUAUGUGGUUUUUGUAAUCUUGGUGAAAGAAGUCAAUUAGGACAAGGUGAAUUAUUACGUUUAACAUGUCCAGAUGGUUUUACACCAGAAAAAACAAUAAUACGUGAUGAUAGUGGUGAUAUAUUAAUGUUAGAUAUGACAUCUAGUGGUGAUAAAAGUCCACGUGGUAGUAUUAUUGGUCCUGGUGCUGUAACAUGUAGAAGACAAAAAAGUUUGGCAAAAUGUAGAAAUUCUAGUCAAACAAGUUUUACUGAACCAAUUGAAGAAUUAACAAUUGUUGGUUAUUCUGAAGAGCCAGAUAUUGGACAAUUAUUUGAAUUAAAUGGACAUUAUUAUAUACAUCAAUCAUGUGGUAUAUGGUCAUCAAAUAAUAAUGAAUUAAUAAGUGAUAAUAUUAGUCGUGCAUUAAUAAAUGCAUCAUCACGUCGUUGUGCAUAUUGUCAACAUUAUGGUGCAAGUAUAUCAUGUAAAGUAUCGUCAUGUAAUCGUUAUUAUCAUCUUCCAUGUGCAGCAGCAUCAUCAUGUUUUCAAGAUAUUAAAACAUUAACAUUAUAUUGUAAUCAACAUUUAGGACAAGUACCAUUAUUACAUAAUGAUAAUGAUAUUGUAUGUGAAAUAUGUAAUGGUAUGGGUGAUGUUGGUAAUCUUGUUAUGUGUUCAGUAUGUGGACAACAUUAUCAUGGUAGUUGUGUUGGUUUAUCAUUAUUACCAGGUGUACGUGCUGGUUGGCAAUGUCAAUUAUGUCGUUAUUGUCAAAUAUGUCAUCAAUCAGUUGAUCCAACAAAAGUUAUGCUUUGUGAACAAUGUGAUAAAACAUAUCAUCCAAGUUGUUUACGUCCAAUUGUAACAUCAAUACCAAAAUAUGGAUGGAAAUGUAAAUGUUGUCGUAUAUGUACUGAUUGUGGUUCACGUACACCUGGUGCUGGUUUUUCAUCACGUUGGCAUUCACAUUAUACUGUAUGUGAUUCAUGUUAUCAACAAAGAAAUAAAGGCUAUUCAUGUCCAUUAUGUCGUAGAGCAUAUCGUGCUGCAGCAUAUCGUGAAAUGGUUAGAUGUAUAUCAUGUAAAAAAUUUGUACAUGGUACAUGUGAUCCAGAUGCUGAUCCAAUAACUUAUCAACAAAGAAAAGAAGCCAAGCCAGAUUAUGAAUAUACAUGUUCAUAUUGUAAAAAUCAAGCAAUUGUUAAAAGAAAAGAUAGUAUUGAUGAUUAUUAUAGUGGUGUUAAUAAUAUGAUUGUUGGUAAUAUUAAUAGUAAUUAUAGUGGUGGUGUUGGUGGGGGUGGUGAUUCAAGUUUAACAGCAUCACAAGAAAGUUUAUAUGGUGAUGGUGAUUCAUCAGAAUUUGAUUAUCCAAAUGAUGAUCCAUUAUAUUCAAUUGGUCUUGGUAAAGGUAAACCAUUUGCUGCAUCAAAAAUUGCAAAAAAACGUCUUGUCAGUGGUAGUGGUGUAGGUGGUGGUAGUGUUGUUGUUGUUAGUGGUAUUGGUGGUAUUGGUGGUAUUAGCGGUAAUAUUAAUAAUAGUGGUGGUGGUGGUGGUGCUAUUGGUGGCAAUAAUAAUAAUUGUAUUAAUAAUAGUAUUACUGCUAUUAGUGUUGGUGUUGGUAGACCAAAAGGUAUGGGUAAAGUUGCUUAUCAAAAAAAACAAAAAAUAAAUGAUUAUGGUAGAAAAAGAGGACCAAAAUCAAAAAUGCGUGGUGUAUUUGGUGUACCUGGUGUUGGUUUACAACGUCCAAUAUCAGAUUCAUAUUCAAAAGAAGAUGAACCAGGUAUUGAAAAUCGUUUAGUAUUAUGUUCAUCAAAAGAUAAAUUUGUAUUAACACAAGAUAUAUGUGUUAUGUGUGGUGCAAUUGGUACUGAUCAAGAGGGUUGUUUAAUAGCAUGUGCACAAUGUGGACAAUGUUAUCAUCCAUAUUGUGCAAAUGUUAAAGUUACUAAAAUAAUAUUACAAAAAGGAUGGCGUUGUUUAGAUUGUACAGUAUGUGAAGGUUGUGGUGAACGUAAUGAUGAAUCACGUUUAAUAUUAUGUGAUGAUUGUGAUAUUAGUUAUCAUAUUUAUUGUAUGGAUCCACCAUUAGAUUUAGUACCACAUGGUACAUGGAAAUGUAAAUGGUGUGCACAGUGUCAUACAUGUGGUUCAAAUGAUCCUGGUUUUAAUAGUUUUUGGCAAAAAAAUUUUACACAAUGUGGUCCAUGUGCAUCACAUUCAUCAUGUCCAUCAUGUCAAGAACCAUAUAAUGAAGGUGAUUUAAUAAUUCAAUGUAUACAAUGUGAAAGAUGGCUACAUUGUUCAUGUGAUCAUAUUAAAAAUGAAAUUGAUGCUGAAAAAUGUGCUGAAGAAGGAUAUAAUUGUGUAUUAUGUCGUCCAAGAGAUGUUUUACCACCACAUAUUGCAUCAACAAUACCAAAAUUACAACAAAUUACAAAAUAUAUUAAAACAUCAUCAUCAUCACCACCAUUAUCAUUAUUACCACCACCAUUAUUAGCAAUAACAUCACAAAAUCAUCAUCAUCAUCAUCAACAUCAACAACAAUUAUUAUUAACAGCAACAACAUCAAUAACAACCACUACAACAACAACAACAUUAUUAUCAUCAUCAUCAGCAACAUUAACAACAGCAGCAACAACAACAACAAUUAUUAAUAAAUCACCAGAUUUAACAACUUUUAAACAAUCAACACAACAGCAACAACAACAGCAAUAUUUAGUUGAUGGUGUUUAUUUAUCUGAAACUGGUAUGCAUCAUAUUAAAGCAUUAACAUUUGAACAACAACAAACACGUAAAAAAAGACGUAAAAUAUUACCAGUUAUUGAUAAAGAUGCUGAUAUUAUGGCAACAAUUGAAUCUGUUAUUGCUGGUGGUAGUUUAGAUAAUUCAUUUGAUGAUACAAAUAAUAUAAUUGAUAUUAAAGAUGAACCUGGUGAAGUUUAUAAAGAGGGUACAGUAUGGUCAUCACGUGGUGAUCAACCACCACCAGAAGGUUUUAGUAUAUAUACAACUGAACAUGGUAUACAAAUAUUACGUAGAAAACGUCAAAGAAAUUUACAAAAAACUGGUAUUGGUGGUUUUUAUGUUAAACAAAGAGGCACUAAAAAAGAUAUUAAAGAUGAAGAUUGUAAUGAAGUUGUUGAUAAACAACAAACACAAUUACAAUUACAAUUACAAUCUCAAUCUCAGCAGCAACAACAACAGCAACAACAGCUGCAACAACAACAACAAAUACAAGAUGAUAAUAAUAAACAACAAACAAGUACAAUGAUGAUGAUAAUAAAUGAUGAAAAAUCACGUAAAAAUAAAGGGACCAGAAAAAAAACAACAAAGAUAACUGAUCAUAUGCCACCAUAUAUUAGAGAAGCAUUUUUUGGUAUUGAAUUAUUAGAUGGAACAAUAAAUAAAGAUAAUUUAUCUGAUAGUGAUACUGAUAAUGAAUUUGAUUCAAAUGAAAAUAGUACAACAAUACAAUUAACACAAGAAGAAAUUGAUGCAAUUGAACAAGUUAAAAUAAAACAAGAUAUGGAAGCAGCAGCAGCAGCAGCAGCAGCAUCAGCAACAGCAACAACAACAACAAUAAAUGCUGUUGAUAGUAAUAAUAUUAUUAAAAAUCAAUAUGAUAAUCAAAGAUUAAUAAAUGAUGAUAAAAAAUUAAUAAUAAAUAGUAAUAAUAGUAAUAAUAAUAAUAUAAAUAGUAAUAUAAAUCAUCAAAUAAAUAUAAUUAAAAAAGAAGAAAUUAUUGAUAAUGAUGGUGAGGCAAGUGAUAGUGAAGUACUUGGUGAUAUAUUACCAAUGUCAACUGAAUUACUUGAUAGUGAUUUAGUUAAUACAAUUAUGAAUGAAACAGAUGAUAAUUUAGUUGAUGUUAAAACAAAUAAUGUACUUGAUUGUGAUUUAAAUACAAAUGUACAACAAACAAGUAGAGAUGAAUUAACAGAUAUAUUAAGUCCACAUUUUAAUUUAGAAUCAAUGGUACGUGAUACAACUGGUUUACCAAAUAUGGAUUGUAAAGAUGUUGAAGAAAUAUUUAAAGGUGUACUUACUGAUGAAUCACAAGAGUCACAAGAAUCAUCAGUAUAUACUAUUCAACAACAAUCACAAAUUCAACAACAACAACAUCAUCAACAACAACAGCAACAGCAACAGCAGCAGCAACAGCCAACUACUUCGGCUCCAUUAUUAUCACCAUCAACAAAUUUACAAACUGGUAUGACUAUUGGUGGUAGACCAAAUCAAAUACCACCUGGUACACUACCAUCUGUUGGACAAUCAAAUUUAAAUUCACCAAUGAGUUUUCCACCACCAUCACCAUAUCAUUCUGAAUACAGUAAUAGUCCACAAUUUAGUCCAGCAUUUUCUGAACCAGCAAGUCCGUGGGUUAAUACUGAUGAAGAAGGCUCUAUCAAUAAUAACAGCAAUAACAACGGUAAAAAAAAUCUUCAAAAAAUGGAAUCUGAUGAGUUACUUGGUAAUGGUGCAACAAUGGCAGCUAUUUUAUAUUCAAAUUUAAAUCAUCCUGAAUGGAAAAUUGAAUAUCCAAUAUGGUCAGAAAGAUAUAAAUUACUCUCGAAACGUUGGCGCUCAUUACCGAGAGAUGUCAAAAAUCCAUUUGUAUUACAAGCCAGAGAUAAUCGUGCUGCGGUUCGCGUUAAAAAAACACAACAAAUACCCAAGGACUUACCGAGUGCAACACAAGUAACAGCACCAAGUGUACCCAUCACCACAACACAACCCGUAUCAUCCCAACAACAACAACAACAACAACAACCUGGUCAAGUAGUAUCUCAAAAGUCAUUGGGUAUUUUAUCGUCAACUAGUCUCCAUGAUAAUUUAUCAGCUUCAAUAAAUUCAUCAAGUUCAUCAGUCAUGCAAGGAAUUAUUGGAGUUGGUGUAUCAACAACAACAUCAACAUUAUCAAAUAAUAACAAUAAUAAUAUUAUUGGAUCAUCAGUGUCAUCAUUAGCAACAACAACAGCAACAGCAGCAACAACAACAACAUCAUCAUCAUUGUCAUCACAAUUACCGGAGGAGCAAGAGAGAGUGUCAAAUCGUGAUCGUACAAAUCGUGAAGCUGAACAAGAACGUCAAUGGAAACAAAUGCAAGUUCUGAGACAGCAACAACAACAAAUACAACAACAAGUUAUUCAUGAUCAAAGAGUCCAUGGUACGUAUGCAAUGGCACGUGUACAUAGACAAAUAAGUGAAGAUGGUAAUCAAAUAAAUUCAGAUAAUAAUGUUGGACUUACAACUCAACUACAAGUAACAACAUCACAGGAUGGUAGUUCACUUGUACCAAUGGCAUCACCAUCACCAGGUUCACGUGGUACAUUUAUACCACCACCAAUAAAAGUAAAUCGUAUAAAUGCACCACAAAGUCCAUUACAAACAAUACCAAGAUUACCAGUUAAUCAAUCAUGUGUAAGUGUUAAUCGUCCAGCUGGUAAUGUUGUACGUCCAGGAUUAUCAGGAACAUUUUCACAACCACCAUCUCCAUUUUCACCACAAGCACCACAAUCACCACAUGAUUAUCCACAAUCACCAGCAUCACAAGAACAUUAUCAACAACAACAACAACAACAGCAACAACAACGUUUUGAUAAUUCUGAUGUUACAUUUAAUACUGGAAAUCAAACACCAAGACCAAUAAUACAAGGUACAACAUCAUAUACAACAUCAACGAAUGAUGUAUUUACACAACCACCUGGUACACCACGUCCAAUAUUUAAUCCACCAACACCACGUACCUCAACUCAUGUUUAUGCUCCUUCGCGUAUACCUGAUCCUUACAGCAAUCAACCUUCCACACCUGUGCCAGCACCAAAUUAUUCCUCACCACGUACUGAACUACGUCAAGAUACACAACAACAACAACAACAGCAACAGCAGCAACAACAACAGCAACCAGUUGAAGUGUUUAAUCAACAGCCAGAGGUUAAUAGGCAACUCAGGGAUCUUCUUCAAAGACAACAAUAUAAUAAAAAAAUGGAAACACUGCCGGGUAAUUGGAACCAAGAGGGACAAACAUCUGUUGACGCUGUUCAACAUGGACAAUUUGAUCCUAAUAAUGUACAAAUAACACAACAGCAACAGCAGCAGCAACAACAACAGCAACCAGCUGUUAGUACAGUUGAGGGUACUUUUAGACAACCUUUGCCACCUGGUAUAAGAGCAAGGAUGCCACUACCUGCUGGUAUUUUUGUUAGAAAUACAUCGGGCAAUGCUGAAGCAAGACUUCAAAAUAUUGAUCCACGUGCAAGAUUACUACUCCACCGUACACAAUCUGGUAUUUCUCAGCAACAUUUUCAAUUACAACCACAAUUAUCACCUCAACAACAACUUCAACAAGUCCAACAAGUCCUGCAACAGCAAAGACUGGCAAAUCCUAGAAUUGCUGAACAAUAUGAGCUUCUUCAACAAGCUCAGCCUCAACAACAGCAACAGCAACAAUUUUCACAACAACAACAGCAACAACAGCAGCAGCAACAACAACAACAACAACAACAGCAGCAACAACAACAACAACAACAACAGCAACAGCAGCAGCAACAACAUUUCCCAGAUCCACAUAGUCAAAAUAUGAAUCAAAGGAUAAUUCGUACAAAUCAAGAUUUAAAUCAAACAGUACGAAUAAUGGGAAAUCAACAAAUAUCACGUCCACCAUUAAUAUCAACAUUUGUUAAUGACAGCCAAACGACAUCUGAAUCAUCAGAAAUACCAGACAAUGUAACAGCUGAAUUAGAAAAAUUAGAACAAGAAGGUGCACCAAUGGGUGAGGUCGAAGGGGUUAGUGCAAUAUUAGGUGACCUUGCUGAUGAUGAUGAUGAAUUACUUGCUGAAAUGGGAGCUGAUUUUAAUAUACUUGAAUAUGCUGAUCCAGAAUUAGAUAAUAUAACUGGUGGUGAAAAAACAAAUAUACUUGAUAUGAAUCUUGAAGAAGUUGAAGUUGAAACAAAAGAUGAUAAACAAAAAAAAGAUACAAAAGAUGAUGAACAAAAAACAGUUGAACUUGUUAGUCAUACAAGUGGUACAAAUAACAUUGAAAGUACAUCGUCAUCUGGUGUUAAUAAUACAUUAAAUGUAUCAGCAACAAAUGUAGUACAAACAAUGCCAACAAUUCCUGUUUCAUCACAAACACAACAAGUUGUUGUACAACAGCAACAACAACAACAACAACACCAACAACAGCAACAACAGCAGCAACUUGUUGAACAACAACGUAAACAACAACAACAUGCUCAACUUGCACAACUUGCUCAACAACAACCAAAUGAAUCUUUGAUAUUACAAAAUCAUCAAAAUACAAUGGCAAUUCAACAACAAAUGAAUCAAUAUGUUCAUCAUAAUGCAACAAUUGGAAAACCAGUUACACCUGGUACUCGUUUAGUUAUACCUGGAACACCAAAUGGUACUGUUGGUAUUGUUACAGCAUCAAACACUGUAACAGUUAGUUAUCAAUCAACAUUUCCAGUACAACGACAACAACAACCUCAGCAUAUGCAAUUACAACAACAUAGAAUGGGCAUGAGAGUUGCUGGUGGUGUACAAGGUACACCAGGACGUGUUGUAUCUGUUAGUCAUAUGGUUGGACCAAGAAUGCCACUUGCUCCACCACCACCACCACCUCCACCACCAUAUCCCGGUCUUCCACCACCUUAUCCAGGACCUGUACAGAUGGGAUCAUGUCAAGGUGGGCGGGGUAUGCCGAGACCGCAGUUACAUAUCGGUCAUCAAAUUCCCGUACCGGGUCCACCGAUGGCACCAGUGGUACACUCGGGUGUUCCACCAAUUGUGCCUCAUCAACAUCGUAGACCCCUGCUUCUCCAGUCGUGUUCGCAGGAGCAACCAUUGUUACUUGAGGAUCUUCUGGAACAAGAAAAACGUGAACAAGAAAAACAACAACAACAACAACAACAGCAACAUCAUCAACAGCAACAACAACAACAGGUUGAAACAAAUACACCAACAGGUGGUCCAUUAUUGAGUGACAGUGAUUAUGAACGUCUUCGAGCUGAUGUAUUGGGUGCACCAUCACUUGGUUCACCACCACAAAGUAUUAUAACUGGUCCAACAACUGGUCCAAUAAUAAGACCAACUGGACAAUCAAGACCUCCAUCAGCACCAGGUACACCAUGGCCUCAAGGUAUUCCUGAUGCAAAUAAACUUAUUGUACAAACACCUAGACAACCAAUUGCAACACAAACACCAACAGAAUCGAGAGUAGCAACAUUUAAUAUUCCACAUUUACCACCACCUCCAUUGCCACCUGAUGUUAUAAUAACUGAUCAAGAUCGUCAUGUACAACAACAAUAUGAAAAUUGGUUAACAGCUAAACAUCAAUCACUAACACAACAAAUAAAAUAUUAUGAAACUGAAGUUGGAAAAUUAAGAAAAGCUAGAAAGUCAUUGAAUAGUAAACAACGUCAAGCUAAAAAAACAAAUAGUAUAUUACCAGAAACAAAUGCUGCUGAUUUACAAAGAAUAACUAGUGAACAAAAUGUAUUACAAAAACAACUUGAUAUGUGUAGAAAAGCAAAUCGUCCUCAUACAAUAUUAAUGCAAGAUUAUCAAAAUAGACAACAGCAAAAACAACAACAGCAACAACAGCAGCAACAACAGCAACAACCAAAUGAGGCUUGUUCUCCAUUAAUGUCACCAUCACAACAUUCAUCAUCACCGAUGCAUAGUCCAGCUGCACUGAUAUCACACAGUCCUGGACCAGGUAAUAUUGUAGCAUCAACAAUGAUACAACAUUCACCAGUGACAACAAUGAUACAACACAGUCCAAAUCCACCAAUGUUACAACACAGUCCUGGUAAUCAAACAAAUCAAACAAAUCAAGGCACAAUGUCACCUCUUGGUAUGCAACAAUCACCACGUAUUGGUACACCACAUUCACAAAGUGAAGAAAGUCCAUUUUCGCCAGGUGCAAUGCCAUCACCAGGUAUGUGUGUACCAACUGUAACAAGAAUGACAUCACCACAACAUCGUGCUAUCAGUAAUCGUUUAGUAACAUCACCAAGUACACAACAAAUUAUAAAUGAUCCAAAUGUUAGAUUACAAAAUAUACAUCAAAGAUUUAUACGUCCAACGGCUGUCAAUGAUAUUGGACAAAGACCAAGAUUACAAAUGCAAGCUGGAAUAAUAUAUAAUCAAAGAUCACCACUUGGUAGUCCACAACCAGUACAGCAACAGCAACAACAGCAGCAGCAGCAACAACAACAACAACAGCAGCAACAACAAAUGAUGACACAACAACAACAUCAACAAAUGCUUCAUCGACAACAACAAAUGUUACAACAACAACAACUUGAUAAUAUUAGUCAACAAGAUCUUAUUAAUCAAAGAAAUUUACAAAUUGCUCAACAAAGACAAUUACUUCAACAACAACAGCAACAGCAACAACAGCAGCAACAACAACAACAACAACAACUUCAACAAUUAAAUAUAAUUCAAAAACCACCAAGUUCACCGAUGAUUCAACAACCAGCAAGUUCACCAAGUCCACAAUUACAUCAACAAAUACAACAAAAUUAUAAUCAACAACAACCACCAAGUUCACCAAUGCCAAGAAGUCCAAUGGUACAACAAACAAUGGGCUCACCAAUGUUACAACAACAAUUGUCACAAAAUUCACAACCACCAAGUCCAAUGGGAACGAGAAUUCAUCAACAACCAACAUCACCAAUGGUGUCACAAUAUCAACCAACAAGUCCAAUGUCAAGAAGUCAUCCAUCAACAUCACCAAUGUUACAACAUCAAUUAAAUAAUCAACAUCAACCACCAAGUUCACCAAUGCCAAGAAGUCCAAUGGUACCAUCACCAAUGCAAAUACAACGUAGACAAUCAUCAUCAGGAAAUAGUCCAGCAAUGCCUGAUAGACCACAAAGUGUUGAAAAUCCUGGUACACCACGUACACCACAUCAAUAUUCACAAAAUUCAAUUAUGCAAAAUUCAAUUGAUCAGCAACUUCAACAACAAACUGAUUCACAACAGCAGCAACAACAACAACAACAACAACAACAGCAAUCAAUUGAAUUAUCACAAAAUCGUGGUGGUGGAAAUCCUCAUGAUCCUUUAAAUCCAAUACCUCGAUUAACUGGUUUUGGUAGAUUUGGAUAUUUUAGACUUGGAUUACGUGGUGGUUCACCAAUGUGGUCAACAAAGCCUGUAUCAAGCAAAGGCAAAACAACAGAAAUAAAUAAAAUUUCUACGACAACAGCGGCAACAACAACAACCACAAUAACAACUACUGCUACUACUACAUCAUCAACUGCAACAACAACAGCAGUAACAGCAACAUCUACAACAACCACAACAACAACAACAAACAAUAGCCACAGUGAUAAACCAAAUACAUCAGCAAUGGUACAUCGUAAAACAGGUAUUUCACAAUCAAAAAUAAAUAGUCUUGUCUGCGCUGAUUAUAAUGAUUUUGAUGAUGAUUCACAUACUCCACCCCAAACACCGCCAACAACGGUUAACGAUAAUAAUAAUAGUAGUAAUAAUAAUAAUAAAUUAAUAAAUCAACAACAAAAUUAUUUAUCAUCAACAACAAAUAAAUUAAAUGACAAUAAAACAAAUACAAGUAAUUUGCCCAUAGGAAGUCCAUGUGAUAAAUUGGUGGUCGAUUCAAUGCCAGAUACAACGGACUAUGAUGAUGAUAAAACAAUAGUCAAUCAAGAAGUAACACUAAGUUCAACAGCACAAGGUGAUAAUGAUGAUAUAACUGUUAUACAAGAUUUUGGUGAAUCAACACUUGAUGUUGCAUUGGGUGGUCUUGAUCCAGAUAUGCAAGAAGAAUAUGUUUUAUUUGAGCCUGAUAUGGUUGUUGGUUUAGUUGACAGUGAUGAUGAUAUGGGCCAUGCACUUGUUAACAACAGUGAUCAAACACAUGACAUUGUACAAAUAUUAGAAAUUGAAGAAACAAAUAUUAUCGAUGAUGACGAUGAUGAUGAUGCUGCUGAGCAUCAACUUGUUGAUGAAGAUGAUGAUGAGGAUGAUAAUAAUAUUGGUAUUAAUGUCGGUGAUGAUGAAGAUGAAGAAGAGGAAGAAGAGGAGGAGGAAGAAGAAGAUGAAGAUGAUGUUGUUGAUUGUUUAAGUGAUGAUGAUUUAAUUAUUCAACAUAAUAAAAGUAAUAAUAAAAAAAAUCAUAUAUCAAGAAGAUUAAGAACUGGCAAAAGAUUAGUAACUGUCACUGAAUUAACAGAUCAAAAUGACAUCAACAUCAAUCAAUCACCUGGUACAUCACCAUUAUUAGAACAUGAUGAAAGACAAAUACACUCAGAUAUUAUGGAACUUGUUGAAAAUUCAAAUAUUGUUAUUAUUGAAGAAAAUGAUAAACCAACUGAUGAUGAUGAUAAUAAUAUUACAAAUGAUAAUUUACAAAAUGAAGAAACAUUAAAUAUUAUUGAUAAUAAAUCAAUGAAAAAUAAUAAAAAUAUUUUUAAUGAAAAUAUAAAUACUGAUGAUUUAAAUUUAAAUAAUGAUGAUAAUAUUGGUGAUUCAUCAUCAUCAACAUCAGUGACAACAACAACAACGACGACAACAACAACAAUAACAACAACACCAACAAUUGUCAAUGAUGAUGAUGAAGAAUUAAAUAAAAAUAUUAUUGAAAAUAAUGAAAUGAAAAAUGAUUCAACAACAAAUGAUAGUAAUGAAAAAUUAAAUGAAAUAAAUUGUGAUAAAGAUAGUAGUGUAUUAUUAGAAAAAUUACAUAAUUCAAUAAAACCAACAGUUAGUAAUAAAUUAAUACCAUUAACAACAUUGACAAAAGUAAAAUUAAAAAAUAUAAAAUUAUCAAUAAAUGAUAAUGAUAAUAAUAAAAAACAAAAUGAUAUAUUAGUUACAAAAAAUAUAGAACAAAUAACAGAUAUAUUUGAUGAUGAUAAUAUUGUUGAAAAAAUAAAUUCACCAGAAUUAUCAGAUGAUAAUAAUUCAUCAGAAACAUCAACAACAACAACAAAUAAAAAAGAUGUAUUAAAUACAACUGAUGAAUUGGAAAGUAUGCUUGAAGCAAUUCAUAAUCAAGAUGAAAAUAUAUCAAAUGGUGAUAAUAAAAUGGAUAAUUUAGAAUCAUCAGAAUCAUUAAAAGUAUUAUCACCAGGUCCUGAUGAGUUGUCUCUAGUCAAUAUAUUGGAAAAUGAUAUAGAACCUAUAGGUGAUUGUAAAGAUUUAGAUAAAUGUGAAACAAAUAAUGAUAAAGAAAUUAUAAAUGAUGAUGAUAAUCAUCAAUUAAUAAAAAAAGAUAAACAACAACAACAAGAUGAAAUAGCAACAUCAACAAUAACAACAUCAACAUUAUCAGAUAAUUUAAAAGACGAUGAUAAUACUGAUAAAUCAUAUAUUGAUAAUAUUAAUACAGAUAAUAUGAUUGGUGAAUCACAAGAAGAUAUAUUAGAUAUGAUUCAUAAUAUAAUAUCUGCUAAACCAGAAAUGGCAAAUUCAGAUCUUCUUGAAGAAGAUAGAACACGUAAAUCAAGUUUAUCAUAUCAAUUACCAGUACCAUUGGCAUCACCACCUUUAAAUUUUCUUCAAGAUUCAUUAAUUGAGCUUGAGCAAACAACAAUGGACAAUGAAUCAUCAUCGUCAUCGUCACAAUUAUAUUCAACAACUGAUGCAAAAUCACAGAGUCAAAAAUUAAUAUCAUCUGUUGGUGGUGAUGGUAAAAAAUCUUUUUCAUCAUCCUCGGCACCUGUAACAAAUUCACAAGUAGCAACAAUUGCUGUUUCAACAGUUGCACAAUUACAAAAAAAUACAACAACAAUACCACACUUGUCACCUUUAUCAAAACCAACUGAAUUAACCUCAAAUGUCGUUAAUAAUGCUCAUCAAUUAAGAACAUUGUUAUCAUCAAUUCAUACAAAUAAUAAUUCAUCAAAUAAUGCAGCAAUAACAACAAGUGGACAAUCAGCAUUAGUUACAAUGGUGUCAUCAGUAUCAAAAAGUGGUGGUAAUAUUAUUAUAACAUCAACAACAACACCAUCAAAUUCAAUAAUAUCAUCAAGUGGGAAUUUAAAUUUUCGUUUACAAACAAUAUCAUCAACAGGUGUAUCAAAAUCAAUUGAUACAACAACAACAACAACAACAAAACAAUAUCAAAAUCAGAUAACUAAAGAUAAUCAGACAACAUCAAGUGUUACAAAUUUAAAUAAAACAACUCCUGUAACAUCAACACAAUUAAAUCGUAUAUCAGCAAGUAAUAUUGGUGAAGUUAUUGCUAAUUUACCACCACCAUCAACGACAAUAGCACGUACAAAUAAUUCUGGAAUAUCUAUAACAUCAAAUGCAAUGCUAAAUGCAAUGUUAUCAACAUCAUCAAAACCAUCAAUUGCUGGACGUGUAUCAAAUACAAUAUUAACACCAUCAAGUAAUUUAUUAAGUUCAGCAUUGCCAUGUACAACAAUACAAAGACCAGUUAAUUUACCAUCAGCUCUACAAGUUGGAGCAACAGCUGCUGCAUUACCAUCUAAAAAUUUAUUAAAUCAAAAUUUAAUAACAACAACAAAUUCAAUACAAACAGCUAGAACAGUUGUACCAUCAAUGACAAAUACAAUUCAUGUUACAACAUCAAUAUUACAAUCAACAUUAUCACAAGCACCAACAUUAUUACAUUCACAAUUGACAUCUGGAUCUGUUCAGUACAAAUCAACUGGUAUAUUACCAAUUGAUAAAACCACUAAUGAACAAGAUAAUAUACCAAAAAUACAAAAUAAAAAUGACGAUGAUUUAGUUAAUAAAAUAUUACCAGUAACAACAGCUAAUACAACGACAACAACAGUGGCAGCAGCAGCAACAACAGUUGCAACAACAUCACAAGCAUCACAAGUAAUAACGACAGCAUCAACAACAACAACAUCAUCAUCAUCAAUAACGACAACAACAGCAACAACAUCAGCAAUACCAACAUUAAUAACAACAACAAAAAUAGAUAAUAAUGAAAUUGGAAAAAUAUUAAAUUCAAAUAGAAUGGAAGAAUCACAAAAUGUAUUAUUAAAACAACUUUUACAAAAUACAGCAUGUGCAACAACAACAACAACCACAGCAGCAUCAUCAACAACACCACCAACAUCAACAUCAACAUCAACAGGUUUACAAAAUGUUCUUUCAUUAGAAGCACAAUUAUCUCGUCCACCACCGAUUGCUGUUGCAGCACCAUUAUUACCUCCAUUAAUUAAUAAAAUAGCAUCAGCAAAACCUGUACCAACAAAACAAAUAUUAUCAAGAGAAACAUCAUUUGUUUCACAAUCAAUGCCAUUAAAAUCACCAAGUCCACCAAAUAAAGAUGAAACAAAUAAAAUAUUAAAUGUAUCAAUUGCUUCAGUAUUAUUAUCAUCAUCAAGUAAUACAAAAACAACAGAUACAAUUGGUAAACAAAUUUUAUGUCAAACAAAAGUUACAAAUGCAAUUCAAGGAAAUCAACAAAUAAUUAAGCCAUUAUCAGCUGCAUCACCAUUACCAUCAUCUCCAUCAUCAACAAUUGUUAAAACAAAUUCACCAUUACAAUCUGAAAUUAGUUUAUCAAAUAACAACACAACAAUUGGACAAAUAACAACAAUUCCAACAACAUUAUUAACAAAUGAAUCAAUUGUAUCAACAACACAAUCACGUAAUCGUCUUACCAAUGUUGUAUCAAGUACAUAUACUAAAAUAAUAACAACAUCAAAACCUGGUACAAUGCAACCUGGUAUUGGAAAAUUAAUUCAAUUAAAUUUACAAAAUUCACAACCAAGUACACCAAUUUCAACACCACCACAUACACCAAGACCACAAACUCCAACAUUACAACAAACAUUUGAUGUUCGUAAACAAACACAAAUUGUUCAACAACAAAAACAACAUGAUCAACAACCAUCAGUGCCUAAUUCAAUGGCCCAUACAAUGGGACAUCAAGUAAAUUUAUCACAGGGUACAAUUUUACAACAACAACAGCUGCAGCAACAGCAACAGCAACAGCAACAACAACAACAACACACAGUGCCUUUAGUUGAAGUUAAAAAAGAAAUUCUUGAUGAAGUAUUAUCUGGUAGUACAUCACAACCACAGCAACAACAACAACAACAACAACAACAGCAACAGCAACAACAACAAACUGAUAAUAAAGAAUUUUUAAUAGCCAAAGAAGAGCCUAUUGAUGGCUCAACUGAUGAUAAAACUGAUUUAAAAAAAUUAAAAAGACGUCAAUAUCAACAAAAACGACGACAAAGCCAAGGUAAAGAUGCAUCUGGACCACAGAAAAAAAGAUCAAGAAAAGUAUCACGUCAUGAUGAAGAUUAUGAUACAUUUAUUGACAAUGUUAUGACUCAAUUACGUCAAUUACCAACAAUGGUUAUACUUGAACCUUUGCUUGGUCGUAAUUAUGGUAUAUGUCCACCAUUUGGCACUGGUGAUUUAACAAAAUUAUGUACACAAAAAGAUUAUAAUACACGUACUGGUGAUUUAACUGGUGCAUAUGGUAUUGCACGUUUAAUUGGUGUAUCUGAUCAUUAUACAACACAACCAUUUGGUGAAUCAGAACCAUUACAACAACAACAUCAACACCAACUGCAACAACAGCAGCAACAACAACAACAACAACAAGCAACAAUAACAACACAACGUGGUUUUUAUGAUCAAGAAUUUCCACCAUUAAAGCUUGAUGAUAAUAACAGUGAUAAAAAAGAUAAUACAUCAUCAAUAAAUCGUGAUAUUGAUACACCAGAUACAAUUGUAAGUUCAUCAUCACCAGAAUGUGUUAUACCAGAAUUUGUUAAUCGUUUUCCUGGCUUAAAAUUAUAUGACGAUGAGUCAGAUGAUGAGAGUGAUUGGUUUAAACGUGUAUCACCAGUUAUACCAAUAAUAUCACCAAUACCAAUACGUUUUAAACCACAACCAAUAAAAGAUACAUUAUUAAAACAAGAUAAAGAAAAUUUAUAUAUUAAUAAUAAAUUAAUUUGCAAUAAUAAUAUUAAUAAUAAAACAUCGUUGAGUGGUAAUAAUGGUGGUGUUGGUGGUUUACGUGAUAGUGCAAAUGUAACAGUAACAUUAACAUUAAAUAGUCAUGCUGCUGAUGAUAUAAUGGGUGUACUUAAAGAUUUAGCAAGUAUAUUAAAUAUAACACCACCAAAUAAUUAUCAAAUUGUUGAGCGAACAACAACACCACCAAGUCAAAAAUUAGGUUUAUACAGAACAAAAGGUAAAGAUGGCAAAGAAGGUGCACCAAUUGAUAUACAAAGUAUAUUAAAUGGUGCUGCAAAAUUUUGUCGUCAUUGUGAUGUUGUUAUAUUAAAUAGUUUAAUACGUAAAAAAAUAUCUGAUUUACCAUUUUUAAAUAAAGAUGAAAUUGAACAACCAAGUGAUGAAUUAUGUUUUUGUUCAGCAGCAUGUUAUAUGCAAUUUGCAUUAAUGCAUCGUUCACCAAAUUUUAAUAAUAAAACAACAACAAUUAUUGAUCAUAUUUAUCAACAAAAACAAGAUAAAAAAUUAGGAAUUUUAAAAGAAUUUAAUAAUAAAAAUAUAAAUAUAAAUAAUAAUAAUAAUAGUAUGAAUGAUAAAGAUGCUAAUGAUGAUAAUAAUAUAUUAAAAAAUUACAACAAUAAUAUGGAAAUUGAUGAUAUAAAUAAACAAAAAAUAGAUAUUAUUAGAAUAAAAAAUGAAAAAAGUGAAAUUGAUGAUAAUAUUAAUGAUGUUAAUGAAAUAAUUAUGAUGGAUAAUAAUAAAUUAAUAAAAGAUGGUAAAAUAAGAGCUAAAAAACAUGCUGCAAAUGAUAAUAAUAUUGUUGAUGGUAAUGUUGAUGAUGUUGAUAAUAAUAGUGGUGAUUCAAUUGAUCAUAAACCACCACCAAAUAAAUUAUUACGUGGUUUACGUUAUAAGUUAUGGUCACUUGGUAGUAUACAACCAUUAAAAAAAUAUAAAAAACCAACAGAUCGUGAAAUAACAGAGACCCUAUUUCGUAUGGGUAUAACAGUUGUACCAAGUAAAACAGAUGACAGUCGUUAUUGUAUGUUUUGUCAAAGUCAAGGUGACAGUACAUCUGAUGGACCAGCUCGUUUACUUAAUUUUGAUGUUGAUAAAUGGGUACAUUUAAAUUGUGCAUUAUGGUCAGAGGAUGUUUAUGAAACAGUUAAUGGUGCCUUAAUGAAUUUAGAUACAGCACUACAACAUAGUUUAACACUCAAUUGUAUAAUAUGUAAUAAACCAGGUGCAACAGUAAAAUGUUUUAAAAUACGUUGUACAAAUGUUUAUCAUCUUGGUUGUGCUGUUAAAGAUGGUUGUGUUUUUUAUAAAAAUAAAAGUACAUAUUGUUCACAGCAUAUACAAAAAAAUGAAAAAGACAAUGAAUUAACAACACUAUCAGUUUAUCGUAGAGUAUAUGUUAAUAGAGAUGAAAAUCGUCAAGUUGCUGCUGUUAUGCAUCAUACUGAUCAUAAUCAUUUGUUACGUGUUGGUAGUUUAAUAUUUUUAAAUGUUGGACAAUUAUUACCACAUCAAUUGUUAAAUUUUCAUACGACAAAUCAUAUUUAUCCAGUUGGUUAUAAGAUUAUACGUUUUUAUUGGAGUAUGAGACGACCAAAUAAACGUUGUCGUUAUGUAUGUUCAAUUCAUGAUGUCUCUGGACGUCCAGAAUUUCGUAUAUUAAUACAAGAAAUAUCACAAGAAGAUGUUGAAUUACGUGAUGCAACACCAAGAGCUGUAUGGAAUCGUAUACUUGAACCAUUAGCUGAAUUACGUAAACGUGAAAAUUCAGUACAAUUAUUUUCACGUUAUGUUUCUGGUGAAGAUUUAUUUGGUCUAACUGAACCAGCAAUUGUACGUGUAUUAGAAAGUUUACCUGGUAUUGAAACAUUAACUGAUUAUAGAUUUAAAUAUGGACGUAAUCCAUUGCUUGAAUUACCAUUGGCUAUUAAUCCAACUGGUAGUGCUAGAACUGAAGCUAGAUUACGUAAUCAAUUACCAUGGAAAAGACCACAUACACAAAGAACAGCAACAUCAACAGCAAGAACACCAUUUUCAUCAACAACAACUGUUGCUGGUGAAGUUGCAUGUCCAUACUCAAAACAAUUUGUACAUUCAAAAAGUUCACAAUAUAAAAAAAUGAAACAAGAAUGGAGAAAUAAUGUUUAUUUAGCUAGAUCCAAAAUUCAAGGUCUUGGUCUUUAUGCUGCUAGAGAUUUAGAAAAACAUCAAAUGGUCAUUGAAUAUAUUGGUGAAAUAAUAAGAACCGAAUUAUCAGAAUUUAGAGAAAAACAAUACGAAGCUAGAAAUCGUGGUAUUUACAUGUUUCGUUUGGAUGAAGAACGAGUUGUUGAUGCAACGUUGAGUGGUGGUUUAGCACGUUACAUUAAUCAUUCAUGUAAUCCAAAUUGUGUUGCUGAAAUUGUUGAAGUUGAACGUGAUCUUAGAAUUAUAAUAUUUGCAAAACAACGAAUCAAUCGUGGCGAUGAGCUUGCGUAUGAUUAUAAAUUUGACAUUGAAGAUGAUCAGCAUAAAAUUGCUUGUGCAUGCGGUGCACCAAAUUGCCGCAAAUGGAUGAACUAAAUAUAUUACCGGAUUGAACGAAAAAAAAAACAAAAUGUUAACUAGCCCAAAAACUGUAUUGUUAUUGUUGCUCAAGUUAACUGGGUAGUUUUCAUAUCUAUUGAUCAAAAUAAAAAUGGAGAAAAUAACAAAUAAAUAUAUAUAUAUGUAAUGAAGAUGAAAGAAAAAUAUUAUUGUGCCAUUGCAAUUUGAUUGAUUGAUUUAGAAGUUGAAGUUGGUGCUACGCCAUCAUGACAUUCCUCCAAAGUUGUACAAUACUAGUUUAUAUACUUGAAAAAUAAUUAAAAAAAUGGAAACAAAUUAAUAAUAAUAAUUACCAGAUGUAAGCUGACGAUUAAUUGAAUAUUAAAUUGUAUAUUAAUAAUUAUAUAAAUGAUGAUGAUGAAGAGACAAAAGAAGAUAUUCUUUUCUAAUGAAAAAAAAAUAUAAAUUGUGUAGAAAAAAAAAAAUUAGUGGAGCCAAAUGAUGACUUAUUUGACAAGAAAAAAAUGAAUAAAUAAAUAAAUAAAUAAUUGAUGAAGAUAAUGAAACAUUAAGGUUUGCCACAUUUUGUAAUAUAGCAGUUUAUUAAUUAUUGCAUAUACGAUUAUAUGUACAUAGGUAGAAGUAUAUAAUAUUAUUUUCAAACACCAGAUUAAUAAAGUUAAUAAAAUACAAAAAAAAUCAAUAAAAGUAAGUUAAGAUGUAAAAUAAGAUUGCAUAUUGAAAAUAAAGAAAAUAAAUUAUGUAAAUUAACAAGUACCUAAUGUAGAAUUACAUACGAUUUUAAUGAUUUCAUUAUAUACAGUAAUAAAUCGAUAUAAAAAAACAAAAUUGAAUUGUGUUUGAUUUUUAAAUGUA